AAGCUUAAUCUCUGAUCAAUGUCAAACAUCUCCAAUUGCAAUUCCUUUGAGUGCUGGCAAAGCUUUUGAAUUGUAGUGCCUCUUCCCUCUCUUUACCCUUCCGGAUACAGCAGGAUCAUGAGUGCGUCUAACAGCACCCCUUCUGAAAAGAAACACGUACGAAUUGAUGUUAGUUCUGAUACUGUAUGUCCAUGGUGCUGUGUUGGCAAAAGAAAUCUAGAUAAGGCCAUUGCUGCAUCCAAGGAUAAAUACGACUUUGAGAUAAUAUGGCACCCCUUUCAACUUACCCCGGAUGCACCGAAAGAAGGCGUUGACAAAAGAGAGUUUUACAGAAGCAAGUUUGGAUCCCAAUCUGAAAGCAUGGCAGCUAGGAUGUCUGAGAUCUUCAAGAGUGUUGGUUUGGAGUAUAGUUUGGCUGGACUCACGGGAAACACUAUUGACAGUCAUAGGCUUAUAUAUUUUUCUAGACAGCAGGGUCUUGACAAGCAACAUGAUCUAGUUGAAGAACUUAACAUUGGCUAUUUCACACAGGGAAAAUUCAUUGGUGACCAUAAGUUUCUUGUGGAAUCUGCUGCAAAGGUUGGUAUAGAAGGGGCAGAAGAGUUUCUUAAGGACCCCAACAAUGGAUUGAAGGAGGUUGAGGGGGAGCUCAAAACAUACUCAGGAAACAUUACAGGAGUUCCAUUUUACGUGAUUAAUGGGAUACACAAAUUGAGCGGUGGACAACCCCCUGAAGUCUUCUUGAGAGCUUUCCAAAUUGCUACGAGUUGAAUUUCAUCUCCUGAGUUUCUUUUGUCCUCUAUAUAAAACAAUAAAACGGUGAAACCUUGGAAAUAACAAGUGCUAUAUCAUACUCUGUAGAAUGUGAAAUAUCUAUUGAUAUGUAAGACAAAAUUCUUCUAUAGUUGUCCUAUCCAAAGUUUAUCCAUUCUGGUCACUGCACGCGUACCAGAUGCAGCAAUAAUAAAUCGAAUGACUUCGCCUAUUUAAUUGACAUUGCAGUCUUCCUAACAAGCCUACAACCAACAAUUAUUCAAUUGUUUGGUUUUUGUUAAAUUCAAUAUAAAAAUAGCUUUUAAGCUACAUAAUCUUUCUGCC